AUGGUUAGUGAUGUAGAAUAUAUCCAUGAUCUACUCGAUAAUUGGUCACGCACAGUUGCGCUUAAUGAUCCAUGGCCACACGAAAUCAGUGUUGGCGCUUCUCUUGGAUUUACGACGGCGGAACAUGAGAAAGAGGAGAUUGCGAAGACUGGACCACCAAGAGCUCCAUACACUCUUUUGAUGCGCCAUACAGAAAUGGAAAACAGAUCGUUGAAAGAGAUUGGGCAGCCGCAGUACCACAAGAUAUCACACGAGCAGUUGGAAAAAUGUUCCGGAACUAUGCUUGAAUUGUUCGCCUGGAAGAGCAUCUCCCUUAUUCACAAAGGUGACAUUAAAGACGAGAUUGCAUAUCACCAUCAAGCAACAGCAAAGCAGAAGGCUUUUAUUCGGGACAACGUUGUCUAUGUUCCUCAAUUUUUGCAGAACUGCAAAUUCGUCACCGAAAAGCCACGAGGACUAUCUGAACAGCGGCAGUAG